AUGAAAAGGAUAAGAAAUUGGAAAAGUAAAAAUCUUUCUUUCUGGCAGUUUCUGAAGAAGAGAAUUUUCCUUUUACUCUCUUUUCCUUUACUUCUUUCCUUUUCAAAGUCCGUUUCUCUUUCCUUUUCUUUUUGUCUUUGUCGUUUUCCUUUUUACAAUCUUCUACUGUCUUACUUUUUUCUCUUCUUUUUCUUUUCUUUUCCUCUUUUUUCUCUUUCUCUGUUCUUUUCUUUCCUUCUCUUCUUUUUUUGCCUUUCUCUUAUUUUCUUUUCCUUCCUUCCUUCCUUCCUUCCUUCCUUCCUUCCUUCCUUCUCUUUCCCUUUUUCCCUCCUUUUCAUGUGUCUUUUCUUUUCGAUCUUUCCUUUUUCCUUUUCCCUCUUUUCCUUUACUUCUUUCCUUUUCUUUUUGUCUUUCUCUUUUUCUUUUUACAGUCUUUUACUGCCUUUCUUUUUCUUCUCUUUUUCUUUACUUCCGUUCUUUUUUCUCCUUUUCUCCUCUUUUCUUUCCUUCUCUUCUUUUUUGUCUUUCUCUUAUUUUCUUUUCCUUCAUUCCUUCCUUCCUUCCUUCCUUCUCUCUUCUUUUUCCUUUUUUUAUGUGUCUUUUCUUUUCGAUCUUUCAUUUUUCAUUUUACCCUCUUUUCCUUUUCAAAGUCUGUUUCUCUUUCCUUUUCUUUUUGUCUUUCUCUUUUUUCUUUUUACAUUCUUUCUUUUUUCUCCUCUUCUUCUUUUCUUCCGUUCUUUUUUCUCUUUCUUUGUUCUUUUCUUCUCUUCUUUUUUUGUCUUUCUCUUAUUUUCUUUUCUUUUCCUUCCUUCCUUCCUUCCUUCCUUCCUUCCUUCCUUCCUUCCUUCCUUCCUUUUCAUGUGUCUUUUCUUUUCGAUCUUUCCUUUUUCCUUUUCCCCUCUUUUCCUUUAA